AUGGUUUACCUCCAUGUUUCUUGCCAAAUCCUUGGCUAUGACAUUGGUGUUAGUGGCUGGACUACUGGUCUUGCCCUUGGGAACAAAUCCAAGGGUAUUGUGCACACCACUCACAGGAACAUUGGCAUCACCCUCUUCACUCUUUGCACUUUACAAGUCGACAAUCAUGAAUUCUGGUUCAUGGGGUUUCUGAACUACGACAUUGCUGUGCACCAUAUGUACGAAGCUUUGUGCUAUUUGCAAAAGGAAGCAUCGCCGCAACGAUAGAUCUAGAUGUUUCAACUGUGUAACUUUGGUACUCGGCAAUA